CAAUAAUGGAGAAACGCGUGUCUUAAUGGCAUUGGCUACUUCCGUUUACGAUAUUCAUGGAGGAAGAGUUCAUAAAAUUCCCCCAAAGGCCAAAAUAUCCAUCCCCUUUUCUCUCUCACCUUUCUAUUCCCCCAAUGGCUAAUCCUUCACUCUACUUUCUCUCCACUCUCCUCCUUUUCUCCGUCGCUGUGGCAACCGCCGACCGGAUCGGCGACGAAGAAGACCUUCUGAUCCGUCAAGUGGUGCCUGGUGCGGAGGACCACUUGCUCAACGCCGAGCACCACUUCUCCGCCUUCAAGACCAAGUUCGCCAAGACCUACGCCACGCAGGAGGAGCACGACCAUCGGUUCCGCGUCUUUAAGAGCAACUUGCUCCGAGCCAAGUCUCAUCAAAAGCUCGAUCCUUCCGCCGUCCACGGCGUCACAAGGUUCUCCGAUCUCACUCCGUCGGAGUUCCGCAGCCAGUUCCUCGGCCUCAAGCCGCUCCGUCUUCCCUCCGACGCUCAAAAGGCUCCGAUCCUGCCGACCAACGACCUACCUACCGAUUUCGAUUGGCGCGACCACGGAGCUGUUACUGGCGUCAAGAACCAGGGUUCGUGUGGAUCGUGUUGGUCAUUUAGCGCCGUAGGAGCGUUGGAAGGUGCUCAUUUUCUCGCCACCGGUGAGCUAGUGAGCCUUAGUGAACAACAACUAGUGGAUUGCGAUCAUGAGUGUGAUCCGGAAGAGCGUGGAGCGUGUGACUCGGGCUGUAACGGUGGGUUGAUGACAACUGCUUUUGAGUACACACUCAAGGCUGGUGGACUAAUGCGAGAAGAGGAAUAUCCUUACACUGGAAGAGACCGUGGCACCUGCAAAUUUGACAAGAGCAAAAUUGCUGCUUCUGUAGCUAAUUUCAGUGUGGUUUCCCUUGACGAAGAACAGAUUGCUGCAAAUCUGGUGAAGAAUGGUCCUCUUGCAGUUGGUAUCAAUGCAGUUUUUAUGCAGACGUACAUUGGUGGCGUCUCAUGCCCAUACAUUUGCGGCAAGCAUUUGGAUCAUGGGGUUCUUCUGGUGGGCUAUGGUGCUGGUGCAUAUGCUCCUAUUCGGCUUAAGGAAAAGCCCUACUGGAUUAUAAAGAAUUCAUGGGGGGAGAGCUGGGGAGAAAACGGAUAUUACAAGAUCUGCAGAGGUCGCAAUGUGUGUGGAGUGGACUCAAUGGUCUCGACUGUAGCUGCUAUACAAACUUCUAACCAUUAAAUAUAAUGAUGCCGGCACUAGUAUAGUGUGGUUUAUGUAAAUAAUUUGCACGAUGUAAUGUUAUCUUGGAGAUAAUUGCCAAGCUCAUGUUUAUGCUUUACUUUUUCCUGUAAUUCUGUAUGCUAGCUAUUCUAGCUACUAAUUAUUAUCCAACGUUAUCGAUAGUUAUUGUGAGUAA